AUGAACUUCACCCGCAUGACACCCGUCCAAGCCUCAACGAUCCCCCUCUUCAUGGCCUACAAAGACGUCGUAGUGGAAGCUGUCACGGGGAGCGGAAAGACGUUGGCGUAUCUCAUACCAGUGAUGGAAAAGCUGUUAAGACUGGAAGAGCCGAUCAAGAGACAUCACGUCGGGGCCAUCAUCGUUUCUCCUACCAGAGAGCUGGCCACACAAAUAUACAAUGUCCUGGUUUCUUUACUCAGAUUCCACCCUCCCUCCGCAGCGGCCCUUGAUCCUUUGGAUGCGUCGGGUGAUGCUGAAGCAGCCGAUCAAGCAGCAUCCUUUCCUCCAUCAACGCUGAAAGUGGUUCCGCAACUGCUUGUAGGUGGCUAUACCACACCCGCGCAAGACUUGAGUAGAUUCCUCAAGACCUCCCCGAAUGUGUUGGUAGCGACACCAGGCCGGCUUGUCGAUAUUAUGACCUCAAAAGAUGUCCACUAUCCAAAAUCCUCGUUCGAAGUGCUCGUGCUCGACGAGGCCGACCGAUUGCUCGACCAUGGGUUCAAAGACGAGCUGACCAAAAUUCUCAACCUCCUCCCCAAAGAGCGGAGGACAGGUCUCUUCAGUGCCAGUGUGAGCGAGGCACUGGAUCAAUUGAUUCGCGUGGGCCUGCGAAAUCCUGUGAAGAUCGAAGUCAAAGUCAAAGGCGCCAACGGAGUGGAAGACAAGCGCACUCCUGCAAGUCUCAAGAUGACCUACGCGGUGACUCGAGCUUCUCAAAGAUUUCCAUUCUUAGCAGCGCUACUCAAGCACCUCGAUCCAAUGCCGCUUCGGACAAUCGUGUACUUGUCGACUUGUGCCGCGGUGGACUACUUCCAGGCUUUGCUGCCAUCGAUCAUGCCCCUUGAGGCAGUGCUGGUGCCUUUGCAUGGUAAGCAUCCGGCAAAUGUGCGGGAGAAGAAUUUCAUUCGCUUCACAGACUCGGCGUCUCCCUCUGUCCUCCUGACGACCGACGUUGCCGCCAGGGGUUUGGAUAUCCCCUCUGUGGAUUUGGUGGUCCAAAUCGACCCCCCGUCAGACUCUAAAGUAUUCCUGCAUCGAUGUGGCCGAGCAGGUCGCGCGGGCCGCAAGGGCCUCAGUGUUGUGUUUCUACUCCCUCAUGAACAAGACUAUGUGGAAUUUUUGAAGGUCCGACACACCCCUAUUGAACCCUUGACUGACCCUGUUCCCUCCGACCUGGAGGAUGACUACCGUCUGGCUGAGGAGAGAUUCCAAAAGAUUGUACUUACGGACCGAGCACUGCACGACAAAGGGCAGCGGGCAUUCGUAAGCUGGGUCAGGAGUUAUUCGAAACACGAAGCAAAAUCCAUUUUCAACCUGAGUGGAAUCGACUGGAACGACCACGCCGCUGCCUGGGGUCUAUUGAAGAUGCCGAAAAUCGCCGAGCUCAAGAACACCAAGCUGGAGCCUUAUCAAGGACCUAGCGUUGAUUGGGAUCGAUACGCGUACAAGGACAAGCAGAGGGAGAAGCACCGGAGGCAAAUGCUCGAGGAGGGCCCGAAGGAUGAUGACCCUGCCGCAGGUCGUGGCAAGGAGACUGACUCCAAGAAACGGAAGAAGGGCACCGUGGCAUGGUCCGAGAAGCUCGAGCGCAAGGCUACCAAGGAAGUCAAACGGUCCAAGAAGGAGGCGAGACGACAGCACGACAGGAUCGUAAAGAUGACGGAAGACGAGAAGCAAUACGAAGCGGAGACCGCGCGGAUGAUCGAGAAGCUUCGCCGCCAGCAAACGAGGGCCAGCAAGACCGAAGACGAUGUCUUCGAAGGCUUUGGAUGA